AAUCAGGUUUAUUUACUUUCAAUCAAGUUGCGUUAUGGGAAUUUACACCACUUAGCCACGACAUUUACACUUCCUGCAGGUCAACCGAACAAGCAGGCAGUGGUAACUCAACAUGAUUUAUAGGCAAAGAAAGGUGGAAAACAAAAUACAGCAGAAUGAAAUAAUAUGAGAUAAAUGAAAAACAAUAUAGAGAAGCUGAAAAAAGUGUACACGAAUUGUAGAAAAAAAAAAUGACCCACACUGACCCAUUAAAGGGUUAAUUCCUGAUGUUUUCUCCAUCCAAAAGUCACUGAAUGGUUUGAUGACGAUGCUGCUGUUUCCACAUCUGCCAGAUCUCAACCAAAUUGAACAUCUUUGGAACAUUUUGAACUCUCCACGACCAUCAUCAAAACACCCAGUGAAUGAAAAUCAAUUGGUAGAAUGGUGUUCCAUGUCUCCGGUAGAGUUCUGGACAUGUGGAGAACCGUCGCUAAGCUGCAUUGACACUGUUUUGGUGGCACAAAACCUUACUAAGACACUUUAUGUUGGCUUUUAAUCACACAAAAAGAUUUCAGUGAACUGAAAUAUCAGUUAAAUGUUUUACUUGACUCAUUUUUGAGACUUGAAGUCUUAAGAAAAAUUUUUUUAAAAAGGACGCCAAUUGCAAAAGCAGCCCUUCUUUUCAAUCUUUUAUUUUAUAACUUCAGAGCUUCUAAGGGCUGCAGAAAUUGGUUUGCUGCGUUUCACCGUCCUGCUUUGAGCUGCAUCUUUGGGCGAACCACAGCUGCACUUCCUUUGCAAUUUACCACUCAAUAUAACCGAGUGGAAAGUUUCUGUGACAGGCAGCUUCAGUCCCCUUAAAACCACAACCGCCCUCCCUCUGUGACACCUUGUGCUUUUUUUUUUCUUUUAAAGCGUUUUCGAUAAAUGUAACACUGCACCAGCUUUUGUUUAGAAGUCCCUCGCUGCGUUCAAAGAGCAUCUUCGUCCACCCUUGGAAGGGAUAUCGAGUCAUCAUGAGGACCGCUUACAUCCUUCUGCUCUGCGUCCUGGGAGCUGCAAUGCUGUCCACUGUUACCUGCAGCACCAGUGGAACUGAACCGGACAACUGCUGCUUCUCAUUCUACCCAAGAAGAAUAAAGAAAGACUUAGUUGUCAGAUAUUACAUGACUGAUAACCGUUGCACCAAGAGUGGAGUCGUUUUUGUCACACAAAAGUCUCGUAAAAUCUGUGCGGAUCCAAGUCUCUCCUGGGUCGAGGGCAUCAUGAAAAAUAUCGAUGAGAACUCCUUUUAAUCCGUCCUGCUCCUGCUGCUUCAUCCAAUCGCAUCCUAUGAAACGCAUCUAACCGUGUGCUCAGGAUUUUUCCCAAUAAUGUGCAAAUCUUCUACAAGUAAUCGAAAAUUUUGCUUUCGAGUGGAGGUUGAAUGGAGCCACUGAUAAACUAUAUCCUGUUUGUGUAAUGACUCUUUAAUGCUUUGUAUCGCCCACAUUAACCUGCAGAAUAAACCUCAUACAAACACAA